GGCAUUCGCGCUCUCGUCUCUCACACAGAGCAGGAGUACGGGUACCGUGUCACAGCCAUCCAGCUGAACUUCCACCCGAACCACAAGUCCUCCCAUAAGCAGCACCGAGAUAUCUAUGGUGCUGGGCAGAAGGGCGGCAUAAACUGCACCUGCAGCUUCAUGAAGUGCACUGGAACUGUGUGCUACUCAGUCGGUUCCAGCCGACAAGUCCUGUGCGAAACCAUCACGGACUCACGGUCAAAGUACGAGACCUGUGGAGAGGAGUGCACCGGGCGGAAAAGCUACAAGUGGAUGCACAGUGGCAGCGCCAUGCACUUCAAUGCUCCAUGGAACAACAACCAUACGCAUG